AUGGAUACUCGUGAAAUUCAGGCUGGUGUGAUCGACAUAGCAUCAUGCGAGUCUGUCUUGGGAGCUCCUUUGAAAUUCCUUCUCGCUGUGGACGGCAGCCCGGAGUCCAUGGCUUCCUUCGACUACGUUGUCCGCGAUCUCCUCAUGCGUGAGCGCGGCGCUUUCUUGGAUGUCCUACAUGUCUACGACGACGGCAAGGACUAUCUGCCACCAGAGUACCGAAGAGAACAUCUUCGUGCUGUUGUCUAUGCAAAGUUGCUAGGGUGGGUAAGCCUCGACCGCUUCGUGCUCAACUGGAAGGAGAAGACGUCGCAGGUUGGCCAGAUGAUCUGCGACCAUUUUGUGGAGAAUCCUGCCACUUUUCUUUGCAUGGGCUUCCGUGGCCGCAAGGGGAAGAAGGACGUCCGAAUGAUGACCUCGAAUAUCUAUGAGGUUCUCCGGCUUGGACGCAAGCUGACCUUGCUCGGCAUGUGCAGCUUGGUGGUGUUUAAGGAGCCAAGCGUUCAGAAGCUUCCGAUGGGGCGGCCGGCAAAAUUUGUGGUUUCGAUGAGUCUCAACAAAGCCGCAUCAAAAGCGUUUCUUGAUGCAUUGCGACUUUCGAAGCCAGGAGAUGAGAUUCACUUGAUCUACGUGACGUUCUUCACGGAGGAUCAGGAGUCAGAUCACGUGAAGACCAUGCGUGACCGCUACUGCCACUUCUUUGAGGGCCUGGGCGAUGGAGAUCACCACGUUCUUCAGAAAUUCUACGACCGUCACAUCGAGUUUCGCAUCGUUCCACAGCAUAAGGGUGAGUUGAUACCACAGACAGUCGCAGGCUACGCAGAAAGCAUCGACGCAGACUUUGUGGUCGUUGGGACAAAUGCGCUCCGUGUGGAUCGCGGCAAGGAGCCCAUAGGUUCAGCGUCCCUGCAGAUCUGCAUGGAAGCGCACUGUAACAUUAUCAUUUCGAGCUGGGUGGAUGGAUCCUACCACGGAAGCGCCCAAAUCUAUGCAGAACAGCAAAGAGGGGAGGUCCUGAAGAACAUGACUCCGAGACUAAUGUCCUCAAUGCAGGAUCAUGUUCCUCCCGUCACCGGUUGA